AGCAGAUGCAGUACCAGAGGUCAGUAAAGGAACAACAGAGAAUGUUUCCCCAUCGCUUCAGCAUACACUACUUCUGUACAAAUACAGAUGGGUGUAUACAGAAGACUUGUAUUUGCAAUUACCUUUUUGAGUUGCUGUGGUAUACUUAAAGCACUUUUUACUAUACAGACUAACCAGUCUUAUUACACUGCACAGUAUGGGGGUGAAGCCAAACUAGAGUGCCAUUUCCAAGUGAAAAAUGACAUGCAAAUAAAAAAUUUGAAGGUCUACUGGGAACACAUUUCACCAGAAGGAGUUAAGAGGGAAGUACUCACAUUUGAUAAUGUUGCUGAAAUCCCACAAAGCCAUGAAUAUAGAGGGCGUGUGAAAAUAUUAAAAGAUGAACUGUAUAAGGGGCAUGCUAUAUUGCAUAUCAGCAAUGUAAAGGUGACUGACCAAGGUCAUUAUCUGUGCCUUAUAUCAUCUUCAGGAGCUGACUACAAAUAUAUCACUCUGGACGUGCAAGCACCUUACAAGCAAAUAAACACAAGUAUUGCAGAUGUUAUCACAGAUUCAGGAGAAAUGGCUAAAGAAAUUACUUGCAAGUCAAUGGGAUAUCCACAGGCUGAGGUUCUAUGGCUAAAUGGUAGUCAUAAAUUAAAUGCAGUUGCCAAAACUACAGACGAGCUGACUUCUGAUAACAUGAUUAUUGUUACAAGUUCAGUCACUGUCCAUCCUGAGGCUACUGAUACCCUCACAUGCGGAUUUUGGAAUGAAGCAUUUGGAGAAAUCAAAAAAGAGAAUAUCACCCUGAGAGGUGUAAUUGACCAGAGAACACAGAGAACUCACAUGUUGAUGCUAAUUCCUAUUACUUUAUUAAUUAUGUUAAUAUUCAUUGUGUCAUUGAAAUUACUGGGUAGAUGCAAAAAUGUAUUUGAAUUACACCCUAUGAAUUCUACAGAUAUACAGAAAACUAACACCACUAUUUGCUGAUACUUAUCCUGUCUGCAUGGAUGAUUACUAGAGUUUGGUUAAACAAGCAGCAAUAGAAGAUACACUAUGGACUGAUAUCUUGGAAAUGAGUGAAAUAAUAUUCCUGUAAAGAUAAAUAGCUUUAAGUGGAUUUUAGUAAGAAAAAUGAAUUGAAGAAAAUAUAUAAAAGACUGUUUGAAAAGAGAGAUAUGCACUUUAUGACUCAAUGAAAGCCAUUGGUCAGCAUUUGGAUCAAGCCUUCUUGUUAUCAAAUUGGUGACUUUUAAAGAAAAUCACAUCAUACUAACCUUUGUUGCAGUGGCUGAUUUUAUUUUCUACAUUCAUUUAAUAUGGAGAUAUUGCUGCCCCAGAUCAAUAAUCAACUCUUAAGUGUUCGGAUUUCUGAGACAAGACUAUUGGGCAGAACUGCAGUAUUAUUUAGCACUUUAAUUCUAUUGUGUGGAAAUAUAAAGGAAUGAAAACAAUUCAGCUGAACAAAACAGUUCACUUUGCUACAGAAGAUGUUCAAAUGAAAGUUUACAACCUUUAUUAAGAUGGGAACAACUUUUUUAAUGUUUUUUUUCCUUCAUGGGAUAAACUGAAAUGAAGAAAUCUGAUUUUAAAAGAUUAAA